AGUUGCACGCGCUUUCUCUGACCCCCAUAGUGGCAGGCGCGGCAUAUGGCUGCGCCUUUUAGCGCGCUCAUGCGGGCCACGCUGGAAACGUGCUCGCUCUUCGCCGGAAAGGUUUUGUUUGUCGACGGAGAUGGCGACUGAAUGACAACAGCGACGGCGUGAUGUCGUCACGAUUUAAGUCGUCAACAUCUUUUGUUUUCUUCGAUCGAGGCACCUCGCAUCAGUGACAUCUGGAUACGCUGGAGCGAGUUCUCCUUAUCGACUUUGAUGGGAGCGACGUUCGCGCCCCAUUUGCCACACGGGGCUGGAUUUCAUCGUCGACAUAGACUCUCUGCGCACCAUGCGUACAAAGGACCGAGAAUGAACGCUUGACGAUGCCGAGGUGCACCUCCGUUGCAGCACAGCAGGGCAUCGCUUACCUGAGCUACCUCAGAGACCACAUUUCCAACAACGUAACAUCAGUGCUUAUAGAUACAAUGCAGCAGCAUCCAAAGAUAACGAAUGCCUUCGCAACUUUUGGCACCUUCAGCGUUUUCCUCCGAAUCUGCGCCCAGUGCUUCCAAAUGGAUUGCAACGCUACUCUUCCCUGGCACAUAUCGAGCCAAGACCACCCGGCAGUACCAUACAAUCGAAUCGAAGAGAUGUUGCGAUGUCCAGAGGGACAACAUGGCUGCAAUGACUCGCCAGUCAACUGCACGGAGGAGCUCCUCGCCGUCACUUGCAGUUGCGGGAGAAAUUGCAACGUUUACGGAUCUUGCUGCUGGAAGGCCGAGGUUCACGAGUCGCCUGCCGCGCGAUCGAAGUGUGUUUCACUUAACGCUGCCAAUGAAUUUGGCGGAGGGUUUUAUGCUGUCUCGGGUUGCAAUCGGGACUGGCCGAAGGACGAAAUACGAAUGUCGUGUGAGAAUGCCACGAGGGAAGACGAUCCGUUUUUCUUUGUACCUGUCACCACUGAGCGAGAGGUCACGUAUUUCAACGCGUUCUGCGCCCUCUGCAACUACGACUUGGACAACACGUCUAUGUUCUGGAGCGCCUCAGGGAAUGACACUGAAGAUUUAACAGUGUAUCCACCGCAGUACGCAAUGCACAACAAAGAUGUCUUCUUCUGGCCCUGCGAUCCGACCUUGGUGGAUGUCGACGCUUGUCCCGAAGGCUCGGACGCGGAGACCAUGCGAAGAUGCUUGACUUACUUUGCUCCAGUGGGGCACAUGCGUGAAAAAUCCGAUGUCGGUCAGUACGCCUCCGAAGUCGUUUACAAGAACGUCUACUGCGGUCUCUGCAACGGAGCCAAUCUUUCAUCAUUAAAGUGUAUUCCGAAACAAGCAGUUCGCGAAUCAUGGGGCCGUGCUGUUGGGCUAAUCGCUAAUCCAGAUACAGUCACAACCUUAAAGCCGGUAGUAAGCCAAAGUUCAUGUUUCGUGUGGCACAACGGGAAGUGUUACGUGAGGGUGCCCCGACGCUUCCUGAACUAUUCGAUGGCAGGCACAAACGAAACAAGCAAUUUUAUAAACGCUACUAUCACCUCAGACGAUCCUUACAAUGUCAGAAGCUACCUCUCAACCAUAUGUAUCAGCUUGUCACUCAUAUGUCUCUUCUUGAAAGGCGUUGUAUUUGUGCUCUACAGGAGUUCGCGGACGUUCUCUUCCUGUUGUACAAUGUGCCUUGCCGGAACACUGUUCUGGACCCACCUGCUUCACCUUAUCGUGAAUACCGUCGACGAAAUUAGACCUUACUGCAAAGUUUUCGCCCCUCUUCUUCAUUUCGGCUUCCUCUCCACCUUCUUCUGGACGAGCGUGCUUUCGUUCGAUAUAUGGAAAAACCUGGUGACAGCCCGGCUUUCUUCCAGCAAGCGGAGUAGACUCGUAGUCUACGGUCUCAUCGCUUGGGGUGGCCCCGUAGUCAUGGUUGUCCUGGGCAUCGUGCUAGAUAAAGUUGAUUCGGACUUCGCCCUUUCGCCUAACUACGGACGCUCUUCCUGUUGGAUAGACAGCACGUGGAAUCUCGUAGCCUUCCUUCUCGCGCCAAUGGUAAUCAUGAUUGUGUUCGGCAUUGGUCUGUACGCGCACAUCGUCGUCCACGUAAGAAGAACGGCCAAGCGGGCCGCAACUUUCGACUUCAAAGGCGGUGAGAGCCGGUCCAACAUAACGCUCUUCAUAAAACUCGGUCUCAUUAUGGGCCUUACGUGGCUUGUGGCUUUCGUCAACCUCUUCUUCACCGCUUUGGUGCUCGACAUCGCUGUUACUAUCCUUGUUGGACUUCAAGGCGUGUACAUGUUCUUCGGCUUCAAGGACUAUAAGUACCUGCUUCCAAAGAGAUUUUGCACGAAAAGGAAAGCUAAAACUGCAGUCGCGCAUUCUGCGAAUACUGGUAUGUCCUCUCUUGCAACAUAAAUCAACUCCAGGGGAGGCGCGCACACAAGACACCUGCCAUGAGAUUCAGAUAUGAACAGAAGUAACGCGGCAUCUCCUUCCCAACUCUUUAUUUAUAGUUUCUUCUAUUGCGCAUCUUGUGUCUCGUUGCGUGGAGUCGGUUGACAGUCGGUCGAGGGAAAAAAAAAAGAAAAACUUUAUGACCACCCAUACUUCAAAGGCGAAAAUGAUGCCCUCGCCUUCAACGUGACUUGAAUGGUCUACUACUUGAAAAAAAAUAUAUAUUGAAGUGUUAAUCAGGGAUGUGAGAACAAUUGGUACACCGUCGCAUGAAACGCUGUUGUUUCGAAUGGAAUUAAUAAACAUAUAUCAAUAUAAUCAAAAUGCGUGGGGCCGAGAACUUCUCUGUAUGUCAUGGUAUACGCUAGAACUGUAUGUAUAUACAUUUAUUGCGCAGAACACAGAUGGGCUCGCUUGCAUUGCAUUUUCGAACAAAUUUACAGACUGUAUAAAAGUUGGAUCAUCUGAUGGUACACAACCCCGUGAUUAAUAAUGAUGCAGCCAAAAUUUAAUGAUGUAACACAAGUGCCCUCAUGGCCCCCAUUACACAAGAAACAGGGUGUUAAAUAUCACGCGUUAUUUUGUUAAGUUUCCGUGUUUUAGUGUCAUCCAUAUGAAGCCGACGUUGACUUUCAAGUGCGUAAAAAUAUGUACAGCGUAGUAAUGACUAAUGGUUUGAUUAAGCUCUCGCUGACAAUACUUGGUUGGCCCAAGUAAUGAGACAUUUCUCAGCCACGCGUAUGAAGAAACUUGAGGUCGAUCUCAAUAACGAUUGGUAUUAAAAAAAAAUAAGAGUGCUUUCGCUGAGGAUAUAUAUAGGUACGCCUCAUUAGGUCGCAAUGAAGAACUUUCGAAGGCCACCAAACGGUAGACACGACCUCUUGCUUUAUAAACGGAGUGUCAAAAGUCUAAGUUCAUUUUUUUUAUUUUAAGUGAAUAUUAUUGACUGCUGUCAGUGGCCACCUAUUUGUCCCAUAUUCGUCACCCUGCUUUCAUAAGCGGGCGCCUUUGCGUCUUGCGUGCCGAUGCGUGUAGAUUCUGGCGUCGUGCCACUUCGCAAAACGCUCGGCUAUCUUUCAGUCCUCACGCCCCCUCCCAUGCUUUCUUCAGCGCGCUUUUCUUUAGCCCCAGACAAUCAGCGCGAAUGAUCGUUGCGCCACUCGCCGUGCUUGUUAGCGCGCAGCCCUAGCUCUAGGCGCAUUCGUCCUUCACCGGGCAGGGUUUGUUUGUCGACUGAGAUGAAAAGCGAAGAAGAAGCCUUCGGACAACAACGACGAACCCGAGGGGGUUGCGCCGCAUGUCGGGGUCGUCAUAAUGUUACUCGUCAGCGUCAUUUGCUUCGACCGGGAUACCAAUGCCACAGGUACGUGUUGCAUACUGCGGGGUGUCGCGGUUUCUCUCGCUGUCACGCUAAUUUAAUCGCGAAUGUUCGCGCCACUGUAUCUAGACACGUGGUAUACGCGACGCGGCGUCCGAUGCGGGUUUCUGAGCGGCUGAGCGGCGUGCGGCGCGUCGUAAAGAUGACUCUGAGCUCCGACUCGUGAA